UAGCAAUUUUCUCACAUCAGUCGACGCUUCCGAGCAAGAAUUAGCAGCUCUGUUCUGAAAAGGUCGUUCUCAUAGUUGUUCUUGCGAGCAGAAUCAGCCAGCUAAUCAGAUUCCUAGAUAUGUCAGUCACAUCAGCCUUUGUCGUCUUGGCGAUCGCUUUCUUAGCCAGCACACACGCACAGAGCGAUGAUUCUCAGUGCAAUGGCAUUCGCUGUAGCGAAGCAGAUUGUUACACUUGCAAAAGUUUAGGGAAUAUUUCUGCGUCUGUUAUUAAAAUUGGAAACAAACUUAGGAAGUUACAAACUGAGAGAUCCACUAAUACAGGAUCCACUAAGGGAGAGAAAGGUGACCCAGGAGCUCCUGGACCUCCAGGUGACCAAGGCAGCAGAGGAAGAAACGGAGAACCUGGAGAUUCAGGACCAAUUGGACAAAGAGGAAUAAAAGGCGAUGAAGGCGAUAGUGGUGAAAAAGGCAACAGAGGUCCUACAGGCGAACCAGGAGCAAAAGGAGAUCCAGGAGAAAAAGGACGAACAGGACGACAAGGCCAAGGAGGGCGAAAAGGAGACAAAGGAGACAUGGGAAGAACAGGCCCAAAGGGAGAGCCAGGACUUCGUGGAAGAAUGAAUACAAACUGUCUAGAGUGUGCUGAGGCCUCCCAACUAGCAGAUACUCUUACUGAUCAAGUUGAACGUCUAUAUGAUCGUCUAAAUUCUCUGCAAGCUGCUCUAGAUGAGUGCAGCAAAGACACGCCUGCAACUCCAGAAGUUAUACCAACUUCUUCUGCCUGUGGCUCAGGAGAAGGAUCAGAUCCAAUGUCUCCACUGUGCUAAAUCCAUAUCAUCACGAAGCUUAAUUAAUUUUCUUGAUUUCGUAUCUUAUCUUACAAAUAGUGGCACGAGAUACAAAUGAACACUGAAGCUGGAAACUUGCCUUGCAGUGUAGCUAUUGUAUGGUUUUGCGCUGUAGAUUUGACACUGUUUAACUAUGACAGUGUAGUGUAGCUGGCUGGCUAUAAUCAAAUUAUGUCAAAUUAACACUAAA